AUGGCCUCUUCUUGCGACAAAAUUGUCACAAUCGUCGCCCUUCUCUCGUUGAUCCAUUGUGCUUAUUCUGCAGCCCAGCACCGCUUCUACUUGCGAUUGACUGAGCAACCCUUUUCGCACCUCCCCUACGACAUCAUCGUGCAAACACUUCUUUCGCUAGUGGUGCUGAUCUACGGAGCGAGUCGUGUGGCUGGGUCUUUCCAACCGAUACGAGCGGAUAUCCAGAACCGCGGCAAGACAUGGGAUGGGCUAGGAUCAUGCCUGUCCUUCGCGAUAUUCGAUCACCGGGCUCGGAUGCUGUCGCCCGGACACUCUGCUCUUUUGCGAGGGUCCGAGGACAGUGGGCCGGAAGACCAA